CACUCGCAGGGCGGGUCGCGCCUUCGCCUUUGCCGGGACCUGGCCCAGCCGCGUCCCCGAGCCGCCAGCCACCCAGCCCAGCCAGACGCCGACAGCCAUGGCCUCCAGCCCCAGCCCGCCGUCCCCGCUCCUCGUGCGGCUGGCCGAGUCCGUCCCCUCGGCGCACAGGAAGCUGGAGAUAUACUUCCAGAGCCGGGCCUCGGAGGGCGGCGAGUGCACCGUGCGCGCGGUGGGCCCCGGCGCCCCGGGCACCUUCCGGGUGGAGUUCAGAGACAGGACAGCUAAAGAGAGGGUAUUGGGAAAAGAGAAGCAUGAGAUGCUUGUUGAAGACAAACUUGUGACCAUUUUCCUGAAAACUACUGAAAAUCCAGUAGAGAAUAUGAGACCCAGAAUUUCUUCUUUGACACACUUACAAGCUGAGCCACAGUCUGAUCAGAAGCAUCCAAAUGAAGAACCUGUCCCUACUGCUGUGAAUUCCAGUGUCCAAAAGAUCUUUCUUACUGUAGAAGCUGACCUGAACUGUGAAUUGUUUUCCAAAGAGCAGAGAGCACAUGUAACCACUAUCUGUCCCCAUGUCAAAAAAAUGGAGGGUAAUGAUGGAAUUGAGAAGGUGCGUGGUAACUUCAAAGAUAUCGAGAAAAUAUAUCACUUCUUGAGUGGGCAGCUCAUGAAAAGUGAGCAGAAACAGGAGUCUUCCCCUUCCUCCAUGGAGAGAAAGCCACCUGAUCAGCAGGGCUGGGAUAGCUGCUUUUUUCCUUCUGAACCAAAAACCAGGUCACAGGAGAAAAGCAACACUUUUGAAGUUUCCUUGCCUUUCUUUGAAUACUUCAGACAUACCUGUCCUGGAAAAAUAGACUCAAUAGAGAAAAGAUUUGGUGUAAACAUCAAAACUCAAGAGAAGUCUCCCAAUGUGGUCUAUAUAAAUGUCACCGCCAAUCAAUCAGGUGACCUAGAUGCAGCUCUUGGGUCUUUUGUGAGUGAGUUCCAGAAGAGUACAGAAGCUCUGAAGCAAGACUAUGUCUCUUUACAAGACAAUAAGCAGGCAAAUGAAAUCAAACAGGAAUUGAAUCACUGUUUUUCAAAGCUUCUGAUAAAGGAGGAAGGAGGAAUGCUAACCCUCCUUGGAAACCAAGAUGACAUUUCAGCUGCCAAAGAAAAAAUCUCUGAAAGUUGUAACAAAGCACCUGUGAAAAUACUCGCUCCCAGUUGCAUGAUGGAUAUACUUAAGGUUGAUACUACUCUCUAUAAGGUUCUAGAAGCUGAAUUAUUCCAGGAGAUACCAAAGAUAGAUCAGAAGUACAACACUUGCUGUAAGAUUUUUGAGAAACAUCAGAAAACAUGCAUUCAGUUUGAUCCUGUGGACAAGAAGAUAGAUCUGUCUGUGCAUGCUUAUGCAAGUUUCAUUGAUGCCUUUCAACAUGCCACAUGUCAACUGAUGACAGAAGUUCUUUUGUUGAAACCUUUGGGCCAGGAGAAAGUGCACUUACAUGGGACUAAGUUUGCCAAUGACUUUAGAAAAAGACAUCCGAAUAUACAGUUGGUUCAAAAUCAAGAGUCAAUGACCUUGACUGGUUUACCAAAGUACCUUGCACAGGCAAAGCAGUAUGUCUUAAAAAUAUGGGGACUGUUGCCAUUAGCUGGAGAGAAAUUAAAUGUGGAUAAUGAAACACCCAUGGAUAUUGACAGCAAUGAUUCUAAAGCAGCUUUGCCUUCACUCAGGGGCUCUGCAUGCUCUGAUGUUUCAGAGGUGAAUGAGAAAGUAGAGGACAUCUGUGCCAUCUGCAUGGAUACCAUCCAUGACAAACAAGUGCUACCAAAGUGCAAGCAUGAAUUCUGCACCGCUUGUAUCAGAAUGUCCAUGACAUAUAAGCCAGUCUGUCCUGUGUGUCUGACUUCCUAUGGUGUUCAUAAAGGGAAUCAGCCAAAUGGAACCAUGACUUAUAGCGUUUCAAGAGCAUCACUUCCAGGUUAUGAAAACUGUGGUACCAUUACAAUUCGAUAUAAUAUAGAAAGCGGCAUACAAACAGAAGAGCACCCAAACCCAGGAAAGCCUUAUUCUGGAACACAUCGAACUGCGUAUUUGCCUGAUAACAAGGAAGGAAGAGAGGUUUUGGGUCUGCUUCGUGCAGCCUUUGAUCAAAAGCUGAUUUUCACAGUGGGGAUCUCUCGAAUGUCAGGAAUCUCAGAUGUCAUCACAUGGAAUGAUAUCCACCACAAAACAUCACAGAGUGGAGGACCAGUAAACUUUGGCUACCCUGAUCCUGAUUAUCUAAAACGUGUCAAGGAGGAGCUGAAAGCUAAAGGAAUUGAGAAAGAAAACUGCUGAAAGGAUGCCAACUGAAGCUUUCAAAGAUGUGUUAGGAGGUUGAAUUAAUGCCACUCUAAAUUCUUCUGUAGAAGCACCUUAAAAAAACGUUUUAUCUCAAGAAGUGGUUUAUAUAAGAAUAUCAAUCUGCUAGACUGUUUCUAGAGUGUUGCUUUUUUAUUGGAAGGCAAAAGGCAAGGAGCUUGUGUGAUUUCAUUGUGGAAAUUUGGUCUCAUUCUUGUGUCAUGGUUGGUGUAUGUGGUGUGUCUGAAAUCAUCUUCUAUGUCCUUCAGUUCUGCUACUAGGUACCAAUUGACUCCCCUUUCUUUUUCACCUUUUAUUUCCUUUUCUUUUUUCCUCCCUCCCUCCCUUCUUUCCUUCCUUCCUUUCUUUUUUCUCUCUUUUUUCUUUCUUCUUCCUUCUUUUCUUUCUUUGUCUUCCUUCCUUUCUUCCUUCUUUCCUCUUUCUUUCUCUCUUCUUUCUUUCUCUCUCUUGUGCUGGGGAUGAAAUGCAGGGCCACUGAUCUCUACCCACCCAGACCUUUGAUCUUUUUUUCCUUGCCAUCUCUACGGUUGGUACCUUAGUUACUUGUUUUCCCUUUAAUCUCUACCAGUAAAAAUGAAACCCUUGUGUAAAUGGGAAUUUUUUUAUUUGCCAUUUAUUAAUUUUUGACAAAGCCCAAUUAUUUCAACAAGAAUGUCUCCAAGGUAGCAUCAGUCCUCAAAGGAUCAUGGGGAAAUUUCUUAAAAAGCUUUGGUUAUGGAAAAUUAGAGACCCACAUUUCUCUUACUCCCACAUUGCAAGAAAGACAACCAGGAACAGAGAUUAGGCAGCCUUUGGUAAUAAUUGUAGUAAGGCUAUUAUUUUUAAUAACACAGAACCUGGUAUACAGUUGUUGUUUAGUGCAUUUUUGUUGCCUGACUCAAGUUGCUAGUAGGUUGGCAGAGAGAUAUACACUUCCUCUAUCUUUGGCAAAAGCAGGUGUUAGAAAGCCAUUUGUGGAGACCUCAGCACUCAUUGGAAAACUGAGAUUCUUGUUCUGGAAUACUCUUAUCAAACCCUGAACUUGGUCCUUAUUCCUCCCUGAUCCUUGGAACCUGCCCUAUGAAGUGCACUUACCUGCCAUAGAAAUGCUACAUGAUUCUGAACCUUUUUUCUUCUGGAUAUGCUGUACUUUUGAGUAUACCUUGCUUCCAGUUUUAUACAUUCAUCAUCUAACAUUUUACAGUAACUGCAGACCCCAAUGUAGUAAUUUGAUGCAAGUUGAGCCUAUAUAGGAAUAUAUGACACAUCCAAUUUUACUUUCAUAUGGUUCUCCAAAUCAGAAGAAAGUUGUAAUAGCACUUUAUCUGGUUAUCUGUGUCCCAAUCUCUCUCCAAAAAUGGUGAACAAUAUGUCUUGUCCUUUUCCUAAAGACACACAUGUGCACACAAAAUUUUUGGCCAGAUAAUAAUAGCUAUUAUUGAGUACUUUUUUUGUCCCCUUUAUAAGAGCUUUACAUCAGUGUGAUUAAUGCAAUAGUAUCCCUGUUUUAUAAACAAGAAAACUGAUGCAUAGAGAGAAUAAGUCAGUCACCAAAGGUCACAUCGUUAACAAGUGAAGUGCUGACAUUUGAACCAGGAAGUCUGGCUCCAGGACUUCUGUACCCUACAGACACGGUAUAGUUACUUCUGUGUACUACUGCAGAGGUAGUGCUGUACUGCCUCCUACAUGGAUGAUUCUCCAUGGAGCCAGCUGAGGAGUUCCCUUUAUUCUGUGCUUCUAUUGGAAGUGGAUUCCUGCAGAGUGCUCAAAAGAAAUUUCCCAUAAGGAAGUCCUAUUCAAAGAACUGAAAAACCCAGAAUCCUUUCCUUUGCCCAGAGUGUUAAGAAAGCUUAAGUAAAUGAUAUGUCUUUUCUUAAAAAUCAGGUGAUUCAUUAGGAUUUUGUGUGUGUGUGUGUGGAAUGGGGUCUCACUAUGUAGCCCAGGCAGGCCUUGCUCUUGAGAUUCUCCUCCCUCUGCUUGAGCAUGCCACAUCUAGUUUAUACUUUUAACUUUUGAUUAGUCACUAAAUAUGUUAUCAUUGUGCUUAAUUAUAUCCUAUCUUCUGGUCUUUUAGUUAAAUUUGCUUCAAAAAGCAAAAGUUGGGGAUUCUGCUCAGUUCUGGGUCUUGUUUUAUGUGUGCACAUGCAGGCUUUGUGAUGUGAGUGGCUAUUGAGCAUUUGGAUUACUGCUUUUGCUCUUUGGAAGACAUUAUUACCUGCCUUAAAAUAAAGUUGAAUCCACAUUUGGAAUAGAUUGCCUGUGUUCUUUCCCUUAUUGCUUUUCUCUUUUUCCAUAGGUUGAGGUUUGGGGUGUUGCCUAUGACACCUACAGCACACAAUUUUAUACCAUGUCGACAUCUUGGGUCGAUUUUUCUGUGUAGCUGUUUGCUAAAUAUUAUCACAGUAGAACUUUAUUAUUGACUUCACUGCUGCCACUUUUGCCUGUGAAAUUUUUUCUUUCUAGCACAUAGAUUAUGUAAAGAUAAAAGUAGGCUACAGACUUCAUCUCUUUUCUUCUAGAGAAAGCAUAUGUAACACUCUAUCAAACUACUGCCCCCUGCUUGCUCACUGAGUAACAGUAGAUAGGGAAUACUCUUCUCUCUAAAGAAAAGAAGAAUUAAAAAAUAAUACUGAGAAAUUUAAU